UGUGCUUCCAUCUUGUCCGGUGGUGAGCAGGAGGACGCCGCUCGCAAAAAAAAAAGAAAAAAAAAAGUGAAUGGGCCUCUAUAAAAAAAGAAAGUAAAAGGUCUAAUCUAUAAAGCCCAGUCCAUAUAUAAAAGGAUAUAAUAGGAAAAUCUACUUAGGGUUUUAGUAGAAAUCGAUUAACCUAGUUUUUCUCUUCUUUCUCUUCACUGCCUCCCUCUCCGUCUUAGUAGUUGCAGAAGAAAGCAGGAAGGCGAUUUAUUUCAUUUUCAGCAAAAAUGGUGAAAGGUCGUGAAGGUGAACGUAUCAGACUCUACGUUAGAGGAACCAUUCUUGGAUACAAGAGGUCAAAGUCGAACCAGUACCCAAACACAUCAUUGGUUCAGAUUGAAGGAGUGAACACCAAAGAAGAGGUACAAUGGUAUGCUGGUAAGAGGGUGGCUUACAUCUACAAGGCUAAGGUCAAGACCAAUGGUUCUCACUACCGAUGCAUUUGGGGAAAAGUUAUCAGGCCUCAUGGUAACAGUGGUGUUGUUCGUGCUAAAUUCACUUCCAACUUGCCACCUAAAUCCAUGGGAAUGAGAGUUAGAGUGUUCAUGUACCCAAGCAACAUCUAAGGGUGAAGAUUGCUUUUUGUGGUGGUGAAGUUAUAAGCGUGAUGAUAUUUAAAAUCCUCUCUUUGGAACUUGGUUUCAGUUUUCUUAUUUAGAAACCCUCUCUUUUUUGUAGUUGAUAAACAAAUUCGGAAUUACUGUACACUUAAAGACAAAUUUUGUGCUGGUGCUUUCAGAUAAUCUUAAAUUGCUUAGUUUCAGUUGCAGACUGUAGUUGAAUAUAUAUUAGGUUAAACCAUGCAAUGUUUUUAAAUUUUCUAA